AUGGACCUAGUAGAUGGAUUGCGAGAGGAAAACGUGGGCUCCAGCCCCUCUUCCUCCUCUGAAUCUUCUUGCUCAUCAUUUGACCGUAGCACUGACCUCACAUCAGUGAGCUCUGACCAAGUCUUGACUCCUGUGACAGCUCCCAGUAACUGCAAACCUCUUGAGGACCAACACCCUCAGAUGUCUUCAGUCAAGAUCUCUUCUGCAGUGCGAUACAGAGAGGUCACAUGCCAUAAGAACAAAGCGUCGGGCUGGCCGCCCCCUGGCCCAGGCUCUUGGACUGGACUGCAGGGGCCCCCGUACAGCUGGGACAGCAUGAACAGCACCAGUGGACGGGACUGCAUCACCAACCAAGUGUCCCAGAGCAGCUCCCUGGAAGAGGUUCACUUGGACGGCUUCCCCCCUGCCCCACGCCUAGUGGAGAUGAGACGAGACCCUGUCCUGGGCUUUGGCUUCGUAGCGGGCAGUGAGAAACCAGUGGUGGUCCGCUCUGUCACGCCAGGUGGUCCAUCGGAGGGGAAGCUGUUGCCAGGCGAUGAGAUCAUCAUGAUCAACGAUGAACCCGUCAGUUCGGCUCCUAGAGAACGAGUCAUCGACCUUGUUAGGAGCUGCAAAGAAUCCAUCAUGUUGACUGUUAUCCAACCGUAUCCUUCCCCUAAAUCAGCGUUCAUCAGUGCAGCCAAAAAAGCCAUGCUCAAGUCCAAUCCGGUCAAAGUGCGCUUUGCAGAGGAGGUCAUAAUAAACGGCCAGGUUCCAAACCCGGUGAAGGACAAUUCUCUUCUGUUCAUGCCAAAUGUCCUGAAGGUCUACCUGGAGAACGGGCAGACAAAGUCUUUUCGCUUCGACAGCAGUACCUCUAUCAAGGAUGUGAUCCUGACCCUGCAAGAGAAGCUGUCAAUCAAAUGCAUCGAGCAUUUCUCCCUCAUGUUGGAGCAGAGGACGGAAGGCUCUGGAAGCAAAUUGCUUCUCCUGCAUGAACAGGAGAUGCUUACUCAGGUGACUCGGAGGACCGGCUCUGACAAGAUGAAGUGUUUCUUCAGAAUCAGCUUUGUUCCCAGGGACCCCGUGGAGCUGCUUCGGAGGGACGCUGUGGCGUUUGAAUACCUCUAUGUACAGUGUUGUAACGACGUGGUCUUUGAGCGGUUUGGCCCGGAGCUGAAGUAUGAUGCUGCGCUGCGAUUGGCUGCGCUGCAGAUGUAUAUCCUCAACAUGACAACCAGACAAAGCCAGAAGGUCUCCCUGAAAUACAUCCAAAAGGAGUGGGGUUUGUCACUGUUCCUGCCUCCUGCCGUGCUGACCAGCAUGAAGGAGAAAAACAUCAAGAAAGCUCUGACACACAUCCUCAAGACCAACCAGAACCUCGUGCCUCCAGGGAAAAAACUGACUGCUUUGCAGGCCAAGGUGCAUUACCUGAGGUACCUCAGUGAACUCAGACUGUAUGGAGGGAGGGAGUUCAAAUCAAUACUUUUGCAAGGGGAGAAGCAGACUGAAGUGAUGCUGUUAGUAGGCCCUCGUUACGGCAUCAGUCAUGUCAUCAACACCCGCACCAACCUAGUGGCUCUGUUGGCGGACUUCAGCCAUGUCAACCGCAUCGAGAUCCUCACUGAGGAUGAGACCAACGUCCGACUGGAACUGCAUGUUCUGGAUGUCAGGCCGAUCACACUGAUCAUGGAGUCGAGUGAUGCAAUGAAUCUCGCCUGUCUAACAGCAGGCUACUAUCGCCUCCUAGUGGACUCAAGGAGAUCCAUCUUCAGCAUGGCCCACUAUAAUAGCACUGGAGGGGAUGACAAUAGUCAGGAUCGUGUCCUGGAGUGGCCGUACAGUACAUCUUUGGGGGACAAUGAGGAGCCAUCACACAGUCAGGGAGAGGUCUAUAACAGGGACUCUGAGUAUUCAGACAAUGUUCAGAGAGAAAACAGCAUAUCUCCUUACUUUCAUGAACCCCAAAACCCUGACAGAGACCUUGGGACACGGAGAAGUCCGCUGCCCCCUCCUCUCCCACCAGCUACCAGACACAAAUCUCAAGACUCGCCUCGGAGCGCUAAAGUGUCGUUUAUUUUUGGAGGAGACCCACCUUUGAACAAGGCUAAGAACUUAGGUUAUGAAAGACUUUUGGAGAGCCCUGAGGUACCUGAGCACAGACCGGUCUACUUGCACAACAACACAGACUUUCGGCCACAGGACAGGGUGCCAUUUCAAUUCAGUGGUCUGACACAUGUCUAUAGUAACAUUAUAAGUGAAGAAGGUGGUGAGGAGCCGCUGCUAAGAGAUCUGUUUUAUCGUGACACUACGGACGAUGCAGAGGAUGAUGACGAUGCUUCCUGCGAAGAAGACUCCACUGGGGGGACACCAGUGGGUGAUGACAGAGGAGGUGGGGAUGAGAACUGUGGUAACCAAGGAGGAGGGUUAGCCACGGCGGCCGGCAAAGCUACGUUCCUCACACUUUCUGGUUCUACUGAUGACAUCAUCGAUCUAACAUCGCUUCCUCCUCCCGAGGGGGAUGACGGCGUUGACGACGACGAAGAGGACACAAUGCUGCAGACGCUCAACCUUGCAAUCGCAGCUCCGCCGCCAGGGUUUCGGGACAGUUCAGAUGAGGACGCAUCACCUGAGGGAAUGCCACUAAGCACACAUGACAAUGAUGAUAUACCGGUAUCGUUAAUUGAUGCCAUUCCGACACAUGGAGAGGGAGAAAGUAGCAGGGAAGGGGAGAGAAGGCUGGAUAAUGCGGUCAUGCACACUCUACAGGCACUUGAGUCUCUGUCUGUCUCUGAACAGAGGCCUCCCCCUCCACCACCCAACAGUAACAAUCCAGGUGUUUACGCAUCUCGAGGCUUUAGUCCAGAGUCUUCCUCAGACUCUGGCAAUGAGACCAACUCCUCAGAGAUGACUGAGUUCUCUGAACUGGCUGCUACUCACAGGCUCAGCGAGAGUCACAUGCGUCUUCUGGUGGCCACAAGGGAAGGAUACCAACCUUUACUUGAGGAGAAAACAGAAUUCCCCGUAUCACCCAGUACAGCGGGAACGAUACAGAAGAAACCUCGUAGUCCAACACGCCACCUUCAGCCUCCAGCAGUUCCCCCGAGACAGAGCCCCCUAUUGGACACAGCAUCAGCAGUGCCAGAGAGCUUGGAGGUGAGGUCCCAAACUCAUCUUUCCUCCACUCUCCAGCGCCCAUGUUCCACCACACCAGGAGGCAAGCAUCACAAAAAGUCUGCAGACUCUAGCGGGAAAUAUAAUACCUUCAGCACAAGGGAAGGGCAUCGAGGUGAGAGCGCUGGCAGCAGCAGCAGCCAUCUUGAAUUAAGCCAGCGCACUUCAUUCUGUGAGCAAGGGGGAAGUCAAAGAAGACAACAUUCUUUUUUGGCAGAAAAUUCUUUAGCCGAGGGCCUUGGGGUGAACAGCCUCCCCCGUGACCAUCUCAGAAUUCCCCGCCCUGCUUCCUUCACCUCUGAUCGCUUGUUAGACGUUGCCAACUUGGGGGAGUGUGGUACACAUAACGGAGCUUCGGCUGUUGAACAAGAUGAACAUCUGGUUGUAGCGUCAUUGCUGUCCCCAACCAAACAAUCUAAAUCAGGGGGUUCUGACCACGGAUCAGACAUACAAAGUGACCAUCAGCCAAUCUCGAGACAGCAGAGUGUUGCACGGUUGUGUGAAUACCAUCUAGCGAAAAGGAUUUCAAAUUUGCAAGGAGAAGCUCACAACUCACUACAGGGAUCUCUGUGCUCAUCCCUGGAUGCUGGUGGCAGCACAAACAGCAGCGCUUGUGCCACCCCAACUGACUCACCGCUUGGCCCUGGUGUGAAUGAAUCAAAACACCACCAUAUGCAAAGGCACCCACUUUCUAAUUCCUCCUCCUCGCUACUCAGGGUGCUAAACUAUGAAGAUAACAAACCUGGAAUUCCCCAUAGCAACCCUGGCCAGGGCACUCAGGGAAAAGACCUUCACCCUCAUGCAGACCCUUCCCUCCUUCGGAAAAUGUUGCCCAACAUUCACCCUCCUGCUGCUGGGGCUGAACCAGCCCGUCCCUCCUCAGCCACAACAUCUAAGCAUAAAGAGAGCACAGGUACUGGAAGCAAGAGGCCCUACAAUGAUCUGCAUGCUAAACAACAGGCCUGUUUUAAGGGGCUGAAUCAGAAAGAAGGCAGUGAGGCCUACAGACAACUGAUUAACUAUCUAACAGUCAGCCAGAUGCAUCAGGGAGGGAAGCUGCACAGUGCAGGUAUGGGAGGGGCAGUGAAAAAGGACAAUAGGCGCUAUAUUACAAGCAACCCUCAGCUUGUCGAAAUGGUUAAGAAUAGGGGAAACACCACUGGUCGCUGCCCAUGUAUGCCCUCCUCCAUAUCAUCCCCAUUCCUCAGCCCAAAUUUAGCAAAUCCUAAUUCAGCCACCAUGCAGCUGGCAAAUAAAAAUCUACGGUCAUACCAUUCUGCGACACUUCCUGCCAAACUCAAGAGUCCUGAUAUGCAUGCUCAGAGACCAAAUGACUGUCUAGAUUUGAGGCCAGUUAAUGCUGAGAGGAGGAGCUCCUUUUCUGGCCUGCAAAGUGAGCUAGAGAGGAGUGGUAUGGACCCAGAACACUUCCUGUCACUGUAUAAGAGAGAUGGCUGCAUUAGCCACGAUGGGGGAUUCAUCACAGUUGUAAACCGUGAGGGUGGAGGUACAGCUAACCGUCCUCCACCUCGGUCAAGAAGUCAACCUAGUGGCAGCACAGACGACUGGUACAAAUCAGACCCAAGGGCAAAGCAAACAGUUCGCCAGUCCCCUCAUCGUCGUCCUAAUGAUUCUCUUUGUUUCUCUGCUGCCCCUAGUGUAAGUUGUCAACGGUCAGACCUCAACACCAUCUCACUUGGAAGGGGAGACCACCCCUCAGCUUUUGUGAAGCAGGCAUCUACUAGCAGUAGAGCUUGCAUUACAUCUCCAACUCCCAACCUACAAUCUCCACCUCCUCCACCGCCUCCCCCACCUCCUCCUCCACCUCUACCCAUGCAAGCUAACACUAGCUCCAGCAACUCAGGAUGCCUGCUGGAUUCCAUCCAUUCCAUCCAGUCCCGGCAUAAUCAGAACCACAUUCAUGCUGUUGCCCCGACCUUUCCACAGACGGAUCCCUUCAGCAAUAAUCUGCAAAGGGGCCGGGAGCUCAAACGCAGCACUAGCAAUGUGACUGCCGGUUCUAGUAGUGUGGAUGUUCUGUUUGAUAAGCCCACCCGAAGCCGGAGCCAGCAGCCCUUGUCACCAUCUGUGCCCCAGCAAGGUGAGACCAAAGUCCAGCGGAGGCCAACAAGGAAGCGGCUCUCCAAGAGCUACUCCCAAGGCUCUGUAUCUUCCCACACCACGUGCUGGUCUACAGGUGGUAGGGUAGACAGUAGAAGGGCAUCUGUGGCAUUUCCUUUGCAAAAAGACACUAAACACAUGAAAGGCUCUCAAAAACUGGAUACCAGUCCCUGGAGAUGCAACGGGCCUUUUAGCUACUGUUUCUUUAAGCGUAAGAGUGAAGGCGAAGAGGAUGAGAUUGAGUGGGAGAGGCCCAGAAGAAGCCGUUGUGGGAAUGAUAUUGCUAAUGACGGUACUGCUGCAUCGGCUGUUUUCCCCUGUGGCUCAGCAAUGGAUGCUGCUGGGGAACAGCUAUAUGGUGAGGUCCUGAAUAACAUGAGCUUUAGCGACCGAUUGGCCCGAAUCAACGCACUCAAGGACCGCAUGUAUGGCUUCCCAUCCGGGUUCAUAGAUGUCCGCCGUGAUGCCAGUGAGCUCAUCGCGCUGGUGAGAUCCAGUGUAGGUCGCUGUGAUCGUGGAGCUCAGAUGCCUAUCCAGGAUGUAUCCCAGUACAAGCAGCUCCUCUCUGUUGAGUCAAAAGAAUUAGGUCGGGCAUGCCGGAGGAUGGCACAGGCGCACAGUAGUCCUGAAGAGAUGCUUAUGGCUGUAACUUGCAGCUUCCAGGUGCUAUGCUGUCUGUGUGAAGCUUGCAUGUGUCUGGUUAAGGGGCUUGGUCCCUCAGCCUCACACCAGCAGAGAGAGGUUGUGGCGAAGGUUGACGAGGUCGUCAUGAACUAUAUCUGUUUACUCAAAGCGGCUGAGGCUGCCACCGUGGGAGCACCAGGGGAGCACAGCGUGAAAGCCCUGGUCCGCCACUCCAGUACCAUGUCGGCCAUUGCUAACGCACUCACCCGCUCCCUUAAAACGCUGCUUAGCAAGUAG